CCGUCUGGAACAGAGUAAUCCACUUUCCAUUACUUUCAAUGAGAAAGUUCGCUUCAGUUUAUGAACGCUUCAGUUUAUGAACAGACUUCCGGAACCAAUUGUGUUCAUAAACCAAGGUACCACUGUACUCCAUAAGUACCCAGGGCGCACAGGACAUCAUCCCAUCAUCCCUAGCUAACAGGACAGGGAUGAUGGGAAUUGUAGUCCCAAAACAUAUGGAGGGCCGAGUUUGCCUAUGCCUGGUUUGGACAAAUCCCCAGCAGGGCUGGCAGCGCAACAGCAGGUGCCGGCUCGGAUCUGCCGCCUGAAGCAAAUGGCUUCACCUUGCCUUAUGCACAGGCCAUCCCUGUGCUCAACAGCAGCAAUAUACAGAAAUUCAGCUCUUACUACUCCUACAUAAUCACACUGUCAGCUGUUACAAGGCACAAUUAGAAUGCAAUUUGAGCUUCAGGUGCUUAUGGAAUGUAACCAAAAAUGUACACAUUAACUUGAGCACUUUUUAAGUAAGGAAGCCGGAGACAGAAAAGAUAUCCCAGAAGGGGAACUGGCAGAGGAUCCCCUGAAAGCACCUGAAAAAUUAAAAGAAAGGUUUUUAGGUGCUUUCUGAAGAUCUGGAGACUCUGACCCAAGGGGAUAUAAUUUGUCCUUUUGGGUGUGUGAUUUGCCUCUUGCAGAUUUGGCCAUUUGAAGAUCACUGUUGGGCAAUGUUUCGGACAUCCUCCUGUCCUUACAGAAUCCGAGGAAGCUCUUUUGCCCAAUUUCCACAGCAACUUGGCAAGACCCCUGACCCAAAUAGCUGGAAGGUGGGGCUUGCUUGCAUUACUGUCUGGGCCCGGGGCAAGACUUGCCUCUGUCAGAGUUGAGACGGCACUGCUGCACGUUCUCCACUCCUGGCACCUUGCUAAAGGCAGUUUGACUUGUGAAGCCGUUUACAGGCUAAUGCAAUGAUGGCAGCCAAAAGCAAGCAGGUAAUGCAGAACGGAACCCCUAAGGGAAAUGAUAACGCAUUGCAGAGGGUCUUGCACCUACCGGUGCUCAAUUCAGCAUGCGGUAACCUCCAGAAGGCAUAUUCUGUCACCAAAGAAGUUCAUCCGCUGAUGGCGUCCGUGUGUGGGGCUUAUGAGCGAGGCCUCCAGAAUGCCAGCUCCAUAGCUGCAUUGAGCGUGAAGCCUGUGGUAAAGAAGCUGGAACCUCAACUUGCAGCAGCCAACAACCUGACUUGUCGAGGUCUGGACCAUUUGGAGCAGAAGAUUCCUGCCCUCAACCAGCCAGUGGAGAAAGUUACAUCUGAUCUAAAGGAUUCCAUCAUAACUUACAUGCAAAGUGCCAUGUGCUCAGUUAUGCACACCUUGGGACUGGGUGCCAAAAGCUGCAAGCAGCCCAAGAGUAGUAUGAGGGACGCAGCAGAGUGUGCCAGGACCAGUCGAGUGAGCCAGCUGGCUGAAGCUGGAGUAGACGCGGCCAUUGGCAAACUGGAGAAGCUGGUGGACUUCUUCCUACCAAAAACUGAGCAUGAGUCAGUGCACAAGCCUCCAAGGAAGUGUGAGUCGAGCACCUUUGGGAGGAUAAGGUCUUUAGCUGCUACUGCUUUCCAUCGUGCAUACAAAAAAACCACCCAAAACAUUCAGCACGUAAGAGACAAAGGGCAGGAUUUGGCAACGUGCAUCCCAGGUCUGGUUGUCUUGGCCCGGCAGAGCUCAAAGAAGGUCCUGCAGAUCAUCACUGGUGUUCCGAGCGCAGAAACCGGCUGGCUAAGCAAGAAGGUUCAGAAGGUGCCGAAGAAAGAGGAGGAAACCAAGAAAGACGACACUGCGAGAAAGACAGCAAAGCAAGUCGAGGCACAGAGCUUGCUGGGCAGUGUGUCUCAGAACCUGCAGACGUCGUGCUUCUCCAUCGCCUCAAAGGUGAAGGAUGCCCCUGCUACUGUCUGGAAUGCGGCUGGGCAGCUUCUGCAGGUCUCUCCACAGAGGGCCAUGUCUGAGGCAGGGGACAAAGUGGACCUGUUGAAAGAGACCUUUCAUAAUAUCACAAGCAACCUGCUGGGAACAGUCUCCUACUAUGUACCUCUUCCAAAGAUCUCGGUGAAGCAAGAGGAGACUGCAAACAUACCCGUGGCUAAUUCUGAGACAAGUCAAGACCAGGAAGGUACCCAGCCUGUGAGCACAGAUGAUGAGGAGGAGAGGGGGCUCGCGUAUCAGCUCCUAGGAGUCCGGCGGUCUAGCCGAGGUCACCAUCCCCUCUCCUUCCUCAAUCUUGAUGGGCCCCUUCCUCCUCAGCCAGCCCCCUCCCAACAUCGGAGCGCAGCCUUUGAAGCUGAGUAUUCAGGAUCCCGCAAAUCUGCCUUCUCUCCUUACAAGGAUUGGGCUGGCAGCAGGAGACUGAGCGAAGGGCUUUGCCGCCCCAGUUCGCAGGUCGUGUACGCCAGGGCUAAUACAAGCCUCUAUAGCACCACCUCCAAGAAAGACUAAGCCAAUAAGAGGCCCAAACCCUCUGCUUAAUAACUUGUACAGUCUCUUGAGUCUACUGCCCUUGCUGGCUUUGCAAGCUGCAUAACAUUAGAAUAUAUCAGUUAGGGCCCGGAGUCCUCAAAAAGAACAUUGUGGGGUGAGGAACUGCCUCAACCCCUAGGAGUGCGUGAUCAGGAUAAGGACCACAGUAUGUGAGGCUAGUAACCCAUUUCCCCACACCAGGGGGGGGGGAUUCUCCAUGAAGAGAAAUAGCUUUGACAGUUUUUAUCAGGGCCACAACCUGAGGAGUUAUGUGUUAUCACUCCACACUGUGUUACAGUCCUAAUCUUGUAUUUUUUUAAAAACAAACAAACCUCCAGACAUGUUAAAUGGGGAAUCUGUGACCCUCUGGUAGGGAUGGGUGACCCUGGCAAUUUCGUUUCUCUCAGUUUGUUUUGUUUUUAGUCCAGUCUUCAGUUCCAUAUUAGUUUGCCAUUUUUCUUUAAAAAAAAAACACCUUGUGAAAAUUAACCGGCAUUUCAGUGCUAAUUUCUCCUAACAAAUG